CUCACCUUGUUGAUAGUGAAAGUCAGGCUAAUGUUGGCUGGGCAUUAGAGAUUAUAGAAUUCCGACUUCUCUUCAUUUGGGAUUACGAAUUCGUUUUCUACUUACAGCUAAAGCUAUCGUAUUUCACCUGAAGUCAAACUUGUGUGUUCAGAAGAAGUUCGUACAGCCGAUUUUCUUAUCCUGACCAUCCUUUCACAAAUGUGAGGAGGUGACGAUUUCCGCUCCAUCAUAGGCACUACAAAGUUGUUGUUGCUCUGACCACACAAUUAUUUUGCCCACUUCGUCUUUAUAUACUACUUAUGUAUUCAGUUUGAGCAGUCAUUCACUACUGAGCUCUAUAUUUAACCUUUACCCCAGUAAGAUUUUCUGUUUAUCCGGCGUUGGCAUUGCGUCCUUCCCAAUGUGCGUGUUUUGCAUUGAUUCGGUGAAAAGUUUCAAUAUUAGAUUAUUCUGUCCAAAUGGCUAGAUGAGAUUCAUAUGCGGGAAAAUGUUACCCUAAUUGAGUUUGUAUGCGUAAUCCGGCUUUCAUCUUAUUAAUAUUAUUAUUAUUGUUUUAACGACCUUAUUUUCCUGCCACGUUAAUUUUCUUUCAUCUCUUAUCUGACAUUCAAUUUAGGACUACAUAUUUAUGUGAAUUAUAACACACUCAUGCUUCAGAACAGUGAACUGUUAAUCUAAACAGCUCAAUAUUACUUAGUAAACACCAAUAUUGUCGGUAACAGUUAUUCGUUAAAUGUUAUGUAUGUAUAUAGAAAUGGAGAACCUGGUGAGGAAAUUAUCGUAAAGUAGAAUAUUCCUUGCCCAUUAUUUUUCUCUUCUAAAUUUCCGAAUAGGGAUUCUCGCUAUAUAAAGAAGGAAAUGUGUACUUCUCUGAAGAAAUGAAUUGGACAAAUAAAGAAAUAGGUUUAGCCUGACAGCUGAUUGGUGUGUAUAUGUAGGAACUAUAUGACUGUAAUCUGAAACGGCAUUCGUUCUUCCCCUAAACACCAUUAAAUUAAAGAAUUUACUGAAGAAGUUAUUGAGUGUGUAUUCAGAUUUCUUGAAACAUAUCUAAUCGAAACAUAUUUUUUGAAACUUAUUCAACUUAUUUAGAAACAUGUUCUAAAAUGAUUCGUUGGUCCAGACUUCCAUUAUUUGCAGUUCUACACGCACUAUUCUGGCUGCCAGUCACGUAUUUGGUUGCGAUUUCAAGAGAUCAUAUUUCCCCAUUUGUUCCAUAUGUAAGUGCCCUGGGUAUAUAUCCACCAGAACAGUACAUGUUCAUGAUAUUGAUGUCAUCAUACGGCAUAAUGGCAACAAUGAGUCAGUGGAUAUGGUGUUUGAAAGCUGGUAACGAAAUAAGGAGGAAAACAAGGUCAAAAAUUCUUCAUAUAAUCCGUGCAAAUUAUGUGGUAUUUAUGACUGCAGCAGGAAUAUUCAUAGUGGGACUUUCGUUUAUCAAUACGAAACAAAACAACUCCCUACAUUACCGACUGACUCUAGGUAAUUUUAUCUGCCAUGUUACUGCCAUUCCACUUGGGGCAAUCGUCAUAUCGUUCAUAUCGACUAAAUGGAUAUUAUUUUCGUUUGGGAGACUAUUUGUCGUACUUCAAAUGAUACUCGCAUCUGCUUCAUUUGUUCACUUCAAUCAAAUUGGUCUUCGAGUACUACGGGCAAAGGAUUUCUUUUAUAUUAAAACUUAUGAACCUGGUUACGAAGAAUUCAAAUGGAGUGCAAUAAGCGAAUGGUUUGUUGUCUUUGGUUGUGUAGAGAUAACAUUUAUCACAGCCAUGGAACUACGGGAAUUUGAACGGUCUAGCCAAAAAUGA